CCAACUUUCUAUGGUUUUAACUUAAUUAUAUAAGAAAAGGCGAAACGUCCUAAAGCGAAAACAUUUUCCUGAAGUUUAUUUUGAGCAACUUGUGAUUGUAACUCAAAUAACGUCAGAAAAACAAAAGAAAAAUGAAGAAGGUGGGAUAUAAAAAGGAGCAGACAUUGAUUUGUCUUCGUCUCUGAACGACGACUUGAACUGCUCCAACAAAAACAAAUGAUGAGUUCUGAUCAACGGUGGAGAUUGCUCCGAACAGCAAUCACCAUCCUCUUCCUUCUUCCUCACAAUCUCACGGUUGGUCUCUGUUUCAGCACCGAAGAUGUGAUUCCUCUUUCUCAGCUUUAUUUAUUUGAUGUCUUCUUGUGUAAUCGGAUAACACGUAGAAAUCUAAGAGAUCUCUCCCUGCAAGGAACACUAGCUCCUGAACUCGGAAACCUAACUCACUUGAAAUCUCUUAUCCUGAGAAACAAUUCAUUUUCCGGGAACGUACCUGAAGAGGUAACAAAACUGCAGGAGCUUGAGAUCUUGGAUUUGUGUGACAACAACUUUGGCCAACCAUUCCUAUCCGGUCGCAGGCUGCUUCAGAUAGCUCCCUCUGGCCAGACUCCAGGCAUCGAUGAAGCUCCUCCUCCUCCUCCAUUACCUUCUCCUCCUCCUCCGUCGCCUACAGAACAAUCCUCCGUAGAUUUCUUUUUCCCUCCUCCUCCUCCGCAGAUUAGAGGUGCAAGCCCUCCCGCUGGGGAUCCAGCCAGAAUCACAAACCCGCCUCCAGCUCUGUCUCUACCAGUUCCACCUCCACCUCUGUCUCCACCAGUUCCACCUCCAGAUCAGCCUCCAUCGCAGCCUCCACCGGUUACUACCACUCGAGCUCUGCGUCCUGCUACCAAGAAAAAGAAAGUUAGCCUUUUUAUAAUAGUUGGAGUGCUCGUAGGUGUAUUAGGCCUCAUGGCCGCAUUGAUGGCCUUCUUCCUUCUCCGGAAGAAAAAGGUCAAAAUGAUAAAGCCAUGGACAGCUGCUAGGAGCAGUGGCCAGCUUCAAUCUGUUGUUAUCACAGGUGUUCCUAAGCUGAAGCUAUCAGAACUUGAAACUGCCUGCGAAGAUUUCAGUAACAUCAUAGGCUCCAGAUCCUCAGACGCCAUCAUUUACAAAGGAACUCUCUCCACCGGCUCUGAGAUUGCUGUUCUAUCAGUCGCAUCUGGAUCCCUCCACGACUGGUCAUCGGAUCUCGAAACACAUUUCAACGAAAAGGUACAGAGGUUAUCUCAAGUGGACCACAAGAACUUCCUGAAGGUAAUCGGAUAUUGCCAUGAAGACGAGCCCUUUAACCGGAUGCUGGUUUUCGAGUACGCUCCUUACGGAUGCCUCUUCGAGCAUCUGCACGAGCAAGACGCAGAGCAGCACUUGGACUGGCCAAAGAGACUGAGAAUCGCAAUGGGAAUAGCUUACUGUGUGGAACACAUGCAAAACCUCAACCCUAAACCCAUCUCCCCUACUAACCUCAACUCCUCUUGCGUCUACUUGACAACGGAUUACGCAGCCAAAGUCGCUGACUUUACUUUCCUCAGCUCCACACCAAUUGAUCCAAAGACCGACUACGUCUUCAGCUUUGGCGCUAUUCUGCACGAGAUCAUCACCGGAAAGAUCCCGGAUCCGGAUUCUCCGCCCCGCGAAACCAAGCCCGCGAGAGAAGUUGUGGAUCCGACCCUGGAGAGCUUCGACGAGAGUGUCCUGGAGAAGGUGUGGGGAGUGGUUUCGGAGUGUUUGAAUCAGAGGCCGGAGAUGAAGGAAGUGGUGGCUAAGCUGAGAGAGAUCACCGGAAUAACGGCGGAAGCAGCGUUGCCAAGGCUAUCUCCGGCGUGGUGGGCGGAGCUGGAGAUCAUAUCCACUGAAGGAACCUAAAGUGUGUAUAUAGACGGAGACCAUCUUAUUUUUGUUCACUCUGCAAAACUGAAGAUUCCACAUUGUGUUUCAAAUUAAACUAAUAAGAAUCUCAAGUCAUUCAUCUCUCAAAAGAUAAGCGGGAUAUGUACAAGUUAAAAUGAGUCGUUUGAUU